AUGUAUACGGUGGCAGUGACCGGUGGUGCUGGUCUUGUUGGUCGAUACAUUGUUCAGAGACUUUUGGAGAAUGAGCAAAUUGCUGAAGUCCGAAUUAUUGAUAGACAAACCACUUCUAGAGAAGAAAGCCGAAGAGUCAAGACAUAUGUGAUUGACUUGAACGAUAGAAAACCAUUGGAAAAUGCCCUUCUGGGAUGUGAUGGAGUCAUUCAUUGUGCUCAUGCACCGUUUCCAAUUGUCUAUUCGAAGUCAAAGGAGCAGGAUGAUCAGAUGUGGAAAGACAAUUUGGAUGCAUGCGAAGCUGUAGUCGACACAAUGAUAUCUAUGAAUAUCAAGAAUCUUGUGAACAUUGGAUGUGCUUACAGUCCAAUUCCAAAUGAAGAUAACUAUGGAUUAGCCCAAGACGUGUUUCUUGACUAUCCAAGAAACUACAUGUUGGAUGCCUAUGGAGAAUCUCGUACUCGCGGAGAAAUGUAUGCAAGAAAAGCGGCAAAGAGAGGAUCGGUGAAUGGACUAUUUUUGAGACCAACUUUCGUUUAUGGACAGGGAAAAAGUAGAAAGAUUGAGUCUAUCAAAGAAUUGGUUCAGAACUCGACACUUCCAUUUGUUAAUGGAGAGAGACGUGGAAUGCAUCAAUUUAUCUACGCUGGUAACUUGGCUGCAAUUGCUGAGAAAUCGUUCUUUUUCCUCCUUCAGAAUCCUAAAAAAUUCAAUGGAGAAAUAGUGUUUUGUAUGGAUGAUAACUGUGCUCAUUCAAUUAGAGAUUUCUUCGAGAAUCGUUUUCUCAAUCCUAACUAUUCGGCUGAUGUAGCUGUCAAUUAUUGGCCAGCGUUUGCCUCAUCGUACUCUAACUAUUGGAAAUACAAGUUAGGAUUGACCAUUCCGGAAAACAUCAUAAACCACGUGUCUUUCCGUUUAUUUUUCGAAAAAACGGUUGGAUUCCCCAACAAGAAACUACGCCUUCUUCUGGAUUCGAAGCCAGAAGUGUCACAAGAAGAUGCGUUUGUGAAAUACGCGAAUCCUAAAUCAUCUUACACUAUGGAAGCUGUAAAAAGAUCAACCAUUCAAGGAUAA